GAGUCUUGUAGUCUUGAAUUCGAUGGUGCUUCAAAAGGAAAUCCUGGACAAGCAGGGGCAGGAGCUGUGCUGCGAGCUGAUGAUGGCAGCUUGACAAUUAAGCUUCGUGAAGGUCUGGGAGUGGCAACAAAUAACGUAGCUGAAUAUCGAGCCAUAAUUUUGGGUUUAAGGUGUGCACUGAGCAAAGGAUUUACACGAAUUCGCGCACAAGGUGACUCUAAGCUUGUGUGUAUGCAGAUCCAGGGUCUUUGGAAGGUUAAAAAUGAAAAUAUCUCAACUCUGUACGAGCAAGCAAAACAAUUGAAGGAUAGAUUCCAUUCCUUCCAGCUUGUCCACGUUCUUCCG